GCCAGAUUCAAACCGAAAAAAUCACACUCACUUUUAUUUUUUGGCCGAGUAACAUAUACUGAAGCAAAUAAGAAAACAAGUAAUAAAACACAAUGAGCGACGAACAAAUUCCGAAUUUUCAGCCUUUGGUGUCCGAGGAAAAUGAUGAAAACUCUGGUAAUAUGACUGUAGAUCGACCAAUGUCACCACCACCGGAAGAAAUUGUGGAGGCUAUAGAAGUGGUUGAAGACUCGCCUUCAUUACCCGAACCAGAAGCUCCAAUCUCCGCGCCUCGAAGGAGCGCCAGAAUCGCUAAUCGUAAUACAACUCGUAAGGAGCUUCAAGACAGCUCAAGCUCAAGCGAACCGAAGAAAAAUUCCAGAAAACCCGAAACAGGAAAGGUGCAGAUACCGAGAUGGGCUCGAUCUGGUAAAUCAAUUAAUUGUGAUUACCUGUUGCAAAUGCGGAAGUUCUCUAAACAGUUUCCCGGUUCGCACAAAAUACUAUACUUGCGUCGAGGUCGAUGGCUCUCAAAAAAGAAUAGUUCCCGAAAAGCUUAACCCUUAUAAAUGUUACAAGAACUAAAUUUACCA